GGAGACAUGUGUAAUUUGCUUUGAAGACUGAUGUUGCUGAAAUGUUUUCAAUCGAUGGUUGUUUACACAGGUAUUGCUUUUCCUGUAUGAGACAACAUGUGGAAGUAAAGUUUUUUAAUGGGAUGGUGGCAGAGUGCCCUCACGAAGGCUGUAAAACUGAGGUGAAUAUUGAUGGCUGCGCAAAAUUCUUGGCUCCUAAACUAGUCGAGGCUAUUAGCCAAAGAAUCAGGGAAUCCGCUAUUCCUGUUACGGACAAGGUUUAUUGCCCAAAUCCCAGGUGUUCUGCAUUAAUGUCUAAAAGCGAGGUCUUAGAAUAUACUAAAACUUACUUUGUCGGUGCUGAACAAUCUGGAGCCAGGAGAUGCAUGAAAUGUCAGUACUAUUUUUGUAUAAAUUGCAAGGUUCCUUGGCACUUCAAUAUGAACUGCUAUGAUUACAAAAGAUCACAUCCCUAUCCCCGUCCAGAAGAUCAGUUGAUGAACUCUCUAGCUACAAAGAAACACUGGCGCCAGUGCGUCAAGUGCAACCAUAUGGUCGAACUUGCCGAAGGUUGUUACCACAUAACUUGCAGAUGUGGAUAUGAGUUUUGCUAUACUUGUGGUGCUCAAUGGAAGAACAAGAAAGCAACAUGUAACUGCCCAAUCUGGGUCGAGCGUAAUAUCAUACGUGAACAGCCAAGACAGGCACAGCCAAGGCACGCACAGCCAUUUAUACGUGAACAGCCACGGCAAGCACAGCCAGUUCAACGUGAACAGCCACGGCAAGCACAGCCACUUAUUCGUGAACAGCCAUGGCAAGCACAGCCAAUUAUUCGUGAACAGCCACGACAGGUGCGGCCACGACGAUGAUCAUAACUUAUAUGGCUUGUCAGAUUACAACUGAAAAUAUUUAGGCUAAUAGUCUUUUUUUUUUGCGUUUUCUUUUCAUUUUGUUGAUGUUUGGCGCAUUAAUACAUGGCUUUUCUAUCCUGCACACGUUACUGUGAGCAUCAAGUGAAUGCCCCAAAUGAAAUCAAAUCCCAGCCUUUGAUUUUUAUAGCUUAAACAUGAGCUACUGUGAUGAGUUGAGGCCGGCCGGCGCUUGGCCCGGUCCUAGGACAAUUGGCCCUAUAAGUUGGAAGAUCCGAGCUGAGUUAGCCGGACCAGUGGCCCAGAAUUUCUGUAAAACAGGCCUGUUCAAUCUAUCAUGUAUGGAAGAAAUGAAUGUCAACGUCUGAAUUUUGUC